AUGGCUCUACGUCCUAGUGACAUCAUGGGUGGUUCACCUGCCAGUAAGGAAGUACUUGACGCCACAUUUGUCACUCACGUCUUGCCAGACAUCUCACCCGCUGCUGGUGUCAUUGGUAUCUGCACUGUUCCCAGCGAUCGAGCGGGCGCAGACGACCUCGGCUGGAACAUCGCCGACUUCCUGGCCUUCAAGGCCCUUCUUCGUGGCGAGGGUCACCCUAAAUCGCAGGUAUGGCUAGCACAGUGCGAUGUUGUUGGCAUUGUCAAUGCCCAUCCUGAGCAGUAUGCUCAUGGCAUGGACCGUCGUUUAGUAAGUAGCGCAGCAGCUGCUUCCUCUUUCACCGACCGUCACGGCGGUACUCAGCAGCGCGAGGGCAGCAUCAAAGUCGACUCCUCCGCAACUGGUCUAAAGGCACUGUUCCUUUCAACACUUAUCAGAAUGUCCGAUGGUGCUAGAAAGAUGAAAUGUCCCCUUGUCAUCAUCGUUUGUGGUCCUACCACACUCGAGCAGGACGUUUACUUCGGCAACAUCAACGUCGAAGACCGUGUCACUAGUGUCCUUAUGCGUAAACUGCUCGGCGAGGACAUCAAUGUGACGAUGGUAACUCCCGCCCUGUUCUCUGCUGGUUGGUUGGUCAACCCGUCUUUCUGCCGAUCACCGGUCGCAGGUGUUCGAGCCGAUCGAACAGACUUCCUCGCGAAGCAAUUUGCCGGAAUGUUUGCGAGAGACACAGUCGACCACUUCAUUGGCUGGGACUCGCCUCUCCUAUCUAGGUCAGGUUAUAAAGAAAGCCAGAAAUCGCGUCGCGCAUUUCCUGGUCCUGUGGAGCCUUCUAAGCAGCAGAGUGAGGCAAGCGACGAGUUAAAAUCGGCGAUUUACAAGAUUCUCAUCGGCCAAGUCUCUAUCGGAUAUGACGACCACUCCUAUCGAUUUGAGACUCAUAACGAUGACUGGGAGAAAUUGAUCGGCGCCCGCGAACAUAAGCCGUUGGCUUACUACAAGAAGAAGUGGGAAAGUCUCGAGACCUGCGCAGCUGACACGAACAACCAGCCAUUCGACUUCCUUGGAAACGCAUUCGGCGGCAACCAAGCUUCACAAGCGAAGCACAUUAAGCAGCUUGUAAAGAUGGCUCUGCAGGGUUGGCCUGGUCACUGGAAAAGCUUUUACGGUCGAGCAGCAAAACUCGCACUUGAGAAUUUCCUCGAGGAACCAUCGCCCCCAUCCAUAGAUUGCCACGAGGUAUUUGUUUUUAUGGAGCAUCAUGCGACCUCAGCGACAUUGGCCGAUAUGAUUGUCAAGUACUUCAACCUGACGCUUCCAUACAAGGAACGUUCCAAGGAUUGGGACGCCCCGAAGUGGGACGAAGAGAUAUCCGAUUACGUUGGUUUCAUCGGCUCUGGCCCGUUUAGAAAGAUUGGUUUGCAUAUCCCUGCUACCAACCUUCCACCGGGAGUCAACCGAAACCCCCUCAGUCUAAUCCAAACCGACCUCCAAUCAGCGGAGCACUAUGUCUCGGCGUCUUUGUGCCUUCAAUACGUUGGCCGAACGCGCGAGCUCGAAAAGGAUAUGAGAACGGCCACCAAGCAUAUUUGCAACUUCCUCGAAGCGAUCCGAGACCGUCAGAUCAAACUUCUUAUCGAGAAUCUCGAAGUCGAGAGCAAGGGCGCUGCGUGGCUUUCUUCUAUCGGCGCACCGGUUCGCCCCCUGAGCGGCGCUACUACGGAAGUGGCUUCACACGAAGACGAGGCCCAUACUAUCGGCAAUCUUGUGAUACGCUUGGCAGCAGAUGUACCGGGUCGCGGAGAGGGUACCAUUGUUGAGGAGUCGGACGAAUCGUCUCCUGAGCAUUCGGACAAGCCGCUUGACCCAGAACCAGUCGAGGCCGAGGCGACACCAGCUGAUGAUGGGAGGACUACCGUCUCCGCAGACUUAUUAGAGAUGAUUCCUCACAUUGACCACAAGGUAGUCAUGGAGCAUCUACGAGAGGUGGAGCGCCAGCUUGCUUCCUCACCUGAUGGCUCGCAGUCUGCGCUUAAGCUCAAUGAGAUUAAGCAGAUCAAGCUGCUGCUGGAACAGGAGAUGGGCAAUCGCCGCUCAACGGAAAGCAACGCGAGUCAGGAAGCUCCUCAGGCUAGCCCGCCUGCGAGUGACCAGAACUCUUCGGGUGGUGAGCCGAGCAAGCCGAAGGCGCAGUAUAUCCCACCGCACUUACGUCGCCCUAGUCAGUGAGCCUUAAUAGGUGCUCUUAUGGUCACGGCACUCUCUUCUGCAGUUUGAUUUGAGAAAAAAAUUCGGUGUGGCUCAGGUUAAGGGAUUCGCAACGGUCUAGCAGGCUAUUUGUUUUAGUGAUUUCGGGCGUGAAGGUGUGGAGGUGUUCUGGCUGUUCUUUUCAUGGCAUAGGGCGGCGAUAUCGUUGCAUUUAAUGGUGGUGUGGUUCAAUGAUCGGCGCGUCUACCUCUAAUUCAUCCAGAUAGCUCGCUAUUGCGUGUUUUGCUGGAAAGGUCCGGGUGUAGCAUAGGCAGAAACAGAUAGCAUUAAUGAUCCCCUCUUGAUGAUACGAUGUGCUUUUUCCUAUUUCC